AUGGCGCCCUCCGUCGUUACCCUCGACACCACCUCCGACUUCGACUUCACCCCCUCCUCUGUCACAACCGCCACGACAACACCUGCGAAGCGCACCCUCCUUCUCGCCCCCCCCUCCAUAGCCUCCCACCCCCACAAGCUCCAGACCCUUCUGGCCUCCCACGAUCGCGCCACCACAGACCUGCAGAUGCUCGACCGCCUCUCGGCCGGCCACGUCUCCCUGCCCCAGUCCGCCUACGACCUCGUCCUCGUCCUCACCGACGCCGACGGUUCCCGAGUCGAGUCCACCCGCCUCCUCUCCGCCCGCGCCGUACUCUCGGCCGUCGCCGAAUCCCUCAAGCCAUCCGCGCAGCUGAAGGCCCAGGAUGGCGGCAACCUCGCUAACGACCCGACCGUCGCGCGCGAGGCCGUCCUCGCUGGUCUGGUCGCCGCCGCUGGGAGCUUCACGAAGCCGGAUUAUGACGAGGACCAGGUCGUCACAUUGAGUUUCGGAAGGAAGAAGGCGUCACCGCAGUCCAACGGCGCUGUGUCGCUGGGGAGCAAGCCCGCCACUGCGCCCCCCGUUUCAGCGCCCCCCGCUGGCGUGGGCUUCGUCGACUUUAGCGAUGAUCUCGAUAUGGACGACGACGACGACGACCUCAUCGACGAGGAUACCCUCCUCACAGACGCGGAUCUCUCGCGUCCUCUCAACAUCCCCCCCGAAUGCGCCCCCAAAGCCGGAAAGCGCCGUCGCGCCUGCAAGGACUGUACCUGCGGCCUCGCCGAGCGCAUAGCCGCUGAGGACGCCGCCGCCCGUGCCUCCGCCGACAAGGCCCUGGAGGCCGUCAAGCUUGGCGCCGACGACCUCGCCGAGGUUGACUUCACCGUCCAGGGCAAGGUCGGCUCUUGCGGCAACUGCGCCCUCGGCGACGCCUUCCGCUGCGACGGCUGCCCCUACAUCGGACUGCCGCCCUUCAAGCCCGGCGAGGAGGUGCGCAUCCUCAACAACGAUAUCCAGCUGUAG